CCGGAAGUGGGGGCGCUGCAGCGGGUGCUGAGGCCGGAGGAGGGACGCGCCGGAGCGGGGCCGCCGGGACUGAGCGAGCGACAGACGCGCGACCCGCCGACGCCGCAGCCGCUUGGGGCCCGCACGGACCCUGUGCCUGAGUGUAGAAUGAGCCAAGGAGACUCAAACCCAGCAGCCAUUCCACAUGCAGCGGAAGAUAUUCAAGGAGAUGACAGAUGGAUGUCUCAGCACAACAGAUUUGUCCUGGACUGCAAAGACAAAGAGCCAGAUGUCCUGUUCGUGGGGGACUCCAUGGUGCAGUUGAUGCAGCAGUAUGAGAUAUGGCGAGAGCUUUUUUCCCCACUUCAUGCACUGAAUUUUGGAAUUGGGGGAGAUACAACAAGACAUGUUUUAUGGAGACUAAAGAAUGGAGAACUGGAGAAUAUUAAACCUAAGGUCAUUGUUGUCUGGGUAGGAACAAACAACCAUGAAAAUACAGCAGAGGAAGUAGCAGGUGGAAUCGAGGCCAUCGUACAACUUAUCAACACAAGGCAGCCACAGGCCAAAAUCAUUGUAUUGGGUUUGUUACCUCGAGGUGAGAAGCCCAACCCUUUAAGGCAAAAGAAUGCCAAGGUGAACCAGCUCCUCAAGGUUUCCCUGCCGAAACUUGCCAAUGUUCAGCUCCUGGAUACAGAUGGGGGCUUCGUGCACUCGGACGGUGCCAUCUCCUGCCACGACAUGUUUGAUUUUCUGCAUCUCACAGGAGGGGGCUACGCAAAGAUCUGCAAACCCCUCCAUGAACUGAUCAUGCAAUUGUUGGAGGAAACACCUGAGGAAAAACAAACCACCAUUGCCUGACUGGCUCCCAUCAGUGUUAAUAGCGUCCCAGCUUCCUCAGAUCAGUUAUAUCACUGGCACUACAGAAUCCUUCUCUUUCUUAAGGCACUUUGCAUUGUAGAAUGUUCCUGGAUGUUCAUAUCUAGUGUUUGAAGGGGAGGAGGGAUUUAAACUGGUCCUGUACAUAGAAGGUUUGUUUGACACAGGAGAAAAAUUAGCCAAGGAAGAUGGUUGUUUAAAUUCAUUGGAAACCAGAAGGGGACUUUUUAGUUGUAUGUGUGACACAUUCAUUGACUUAUCACUGUUUUUCCUAGGACAACAUCAAGCCUAAGUACUGAACAAAAUGAAGAUUCUUUCCUUGGCCUUUCUUUCUAUGGAUUAUGUCAUAUAUAAUAAUAAUUAGAAUAACACCUUCUUGACUUUAAAAAAGAUGUUUUUCCAGUUUUUAAAGUUCAUAAUUUAGCCUUUUGUUUUUUAUUUUGCUUUACUCAUACGUAUUCUCAAUGUUAUAGCAACAUAUAACAUCAGAUUGAACGUGCUUGUCAUUCAGAUAUGGGAGAUGCUAUGGUUACAGGUGAAUUUGUUCCACUCUGUUAAUCUUUCCCAUGCUUAGCAGUGAAAAAUAGGUUUUGCCCCAUUUGGGGGACUCAGUGGAGGGUAUUAUUUUUAUGCUGCUGAAUAUCAUGUCUGUAAUAGACCCAUGCAUGCAGCCUUUCCUCUAUUCCCCCUCAUCCCCUCUUUUUUUUGGUGGGAGGGGUCCUUGUUAACAUUACAAGCUUUUAACACGUUUUUGACCUAGGAGCUCUGUUGCUGGAAGUAUAAAUCCCCAGCCAGUUACUCUCAUGAUGAUAUUACUGAUGUGUAAUUCAUUCUUGUGUGGUGGUCUGUGCUAUAGAGUCUGUGUAGUGCUAUCCAUAUUCAGAGUUGUAGUUUGUUUUGUUUUGUUUUUCCCUUAAAACCUGUUACAGUUUUCCUUCUUUUGGGGGGGAAAAAAAAUCAGAACUCUGUUUCCCACUCCAUAAGCCCUGACUUUAUUUCAAGUUUUGUAGUAUUUUAAGGUGUAUAUUUUAUUUUAUUUUUAUUGGCUUAGUUUUUAAAUUAUUAUUAGUCCAGAAAAAUUUGGCCUCGUCUCAUGGGGAAAUGGUGAAACUGCUCUUCCGAAUAGACAUUCUGCUUGAUCCCACUGUUUUAGUAAAAGAGAACUAGUAAAAAAGAACUUCGUUUAACCUUCAGGAUUUCUCCUUAAUACAUCUUCAUCUGAGAAUUUCUUUCAAGAGAGCUCUUUAUAAUCUUAAUGGUUUGUUGAGCUACAAGACCUGCUAUUUAAAAAAUAAUAGGACAACAGGUGGUUUAUUGUUUAAUAUACCUAUGGAACAUGUACAAACUGGAUUUACAAACAAAUACUUUAAACUGGACCAGGUGGAUAUUGAAGUAACCCAUCAAAAUGUGCUCUGCAGUGAUUCUGCUUAACGUUCAAGUUCAGUAACUAAGGCGUAUGUUUCUUACUCUGCUUGCAAGGUUCAAGUUCAGUAACUAAGGCAUAUGUUUCUUACUCUGCUUGCAAGGCACAUGGCAUUGCUUUUGUGUGCUGGAGGGGGAUUUGUGGUUUGUGCUAAGAGCAGCUUCUGACUGAAAGGGAUGGAACUUGGGCUGAUUUUUUUUUUUUUUUUUUUUUUUUCUCUCGUCGAGGCUUUUUCUGGGAAUUUUGUUUUUCGGUUUUUUUUUUUUUUUUUUUUUUUUUAAUUUUUAUUUAUUUAUUUACUUAUUUUUGGCUGUGUUGGGUCUUCGUUUCUGUGCGAGGGCCUUCCCUAGUUGCGGCAAGCGGGGGCCACUCCUCAUCGCGGUGCGCGGGCCUCUCACCGUUGCGGUCUCUCCCCUUGCGGAGCACAGGCUCCAGACGCGCAGGCUCAGCAGUUGUGGCUCACGGGCCCAGUCGCUCCGCGGCACGUGGGAUCCUCCCAGACCAGGGCUCGAACCCGUGUCACCUGCAUUGGCAGGCAGACUCUCAACCACUGCGCCACCAGGGAAGCCCCUGUUUUUCGGUUUUUUUGUCUUUAAAAAAAACAAAAACAAAAACUUUCCUGAAUGUAUCAUGUCUUCAUUAACAACUGAAAAUAUACGUGGUGUUUACUAAACUUGUUUACUAUAUUAAAUUUUCCUUUUUAUUUUUAGUAGCCCAGGUUCUUGAGUUUUUCAAGACAUUUUUUUUUUUUCUUAGCUGAGGUACAGUUCUAGGGAGGAGAUUUAAUUAAGCCACAAUUUUGUGUGUGAAAAGACAGUUUCCUAUCCAGGUCUUUUUCUGUUGUCAGAGGGAAGGAGUAUGGUCCAAACAAACCCCAUUAGGUUACUCCUGCAGCAUGUGCUUUUAGCUUCUCUCUUGACUAAGGAUCAAAUAUCCCUUUGUGAGCUGGCCUUCAGCUCCUUUGCUUCUGUGUAUAAACCUUGGAUGUUAACUACAUUUUAUAUUUACCAGAGCUAUUUGAGCAAUAGUAUUUGAACCACUAGCCUUUUAAAUAAAAGUCUGCCCCGUUGCUAAUGUGCAGAUACUGAGUCCACUUUCAUUUCUUGCCAGCUUUCUUUGCACUGCUUUAGGCAAAAAGUGUUCAUCUGUUUUUCUUUGAUUGACACCCCAGUUUGUUGCAGUGACAGAACUUAAUGCUUAAUCUUUGGAUUUCAUAUAUAUAUAUAUAUGAGAAGUAUAUACACACACACACAUACAUGAAGUUUAAUGCACUGUCCAAGUGAAAUGUCCUACUUGUGAUUAAGGGGCCAACUUUCCAGGCAGCCAGCAGAGGUGUUAAUUCUGUUUGUCUCCCAGCAAACUUUCAUUCCUUUGCCCACCCAUUCCCACUACACUAGAUGGCAGCUGGUGAUGGCACAAUAAAGAUUUCUGCAGUCCCGUCUUGAAUGUGGCAGGUUGAAGAUGUACUGCCAAGGGUGAUCUAGGGCAUGUUGUUUUGCUGCCCACAUAUUCUAGACUGCCAUGGGCAGUGCUCUGGCUACCACCUUGAGUCUAUUUGGACAUCUGUCUAAGCCUGAAUUUUUUGUGAAAAACCUGAACCCAACAAAACAAAUCUUGAGUAGCUCAUGCCCUGCUCUUAGGAAUUCUGUCGUUGUUUAAAAAUAAUGUUCAACUUUCUUUAUCUUUUUUAUUUGUUUAACCUAGUCACUGUUUACAGUUGUAUGCUAAAGCCUGAAAUAUUGUCUGUGCUGUGGUAUAUGAGCAUUGCCAAUUUUAUAUUUAUUGCAGCGAAGAAGAAACUAAAGAUACAUGAAAAUGAGGAGCCUGGCUGUGCUCCUGAAUCUGUGGGGUGCAUGUGGGAGAAGUGAGUUGGGAUCUCUUGAAAGGAGGCUUUUUGGGGUGGGGUCUCCCAGGCUUCUCCUUGGUGUUCCUGCUUGGGGAUCACUGCUGCUAGUUGACUGGACCUCCCCAACGGAAGUUUGUGUUUCCGCUUUGGCAAAGUUUCAUUGACUAGUAGAACUCAUUCUGUUUUAGUGCAUAUUUCAAUAUAAAUGUAAACAUUUCACUCAAA